AAGCCAUAAAAACCUGAAGUGACAGGUGAACAGCAGAGGCGCGUCAGUGCGCUCUCCUCCGCUCCCAGACUGGCACACGCACAGCGGCGGAGAAACGCAACCUGGCCGCACGACUCGGCGCCGACCACCGACUCCUCAACACGCUGCCACAUUUUGAAGAGGAAAAAAAAAAAAAAAAGAAUCCCCCCUCAUUCAGCCUUUGUUAAACAGGGCGAAGAUGCUGCGGGGCAACUAAUGCCGAACGCUCGGAAGUGUCCAAAGAUAUUGCUUUUGUCUCCGAGCUCAGAGGUUUAUCUGUAUUUAUUUAUUUAUUUUAUUUUUUGUUUGGCGUGCAGGAAUUAUCCGCGCUCCGCUGGACUUAUAAUCGACCAGCCAUUCACGACUUCUCUUCUCCCGCAGAGAAAGCUGCAGAUCAGGACUGGAGCGCCGUGGUGAUGGACCCGGGCUCUGGCAGCUCGGCGAGGCUUUUAUUUAUUUAUCUAUUUAUUUUGCAGAGGGCUCAGACGGUUUGUUUAAAGGCAGAGCUGCGUGAGUGAUGGCGACCAAACUGCACCAGGUCAAAGACCGGUCCUCUGCACGCUCGGAGGGGAUGAUGGCAGGGCUCCUCUUUGCUGAAUGAACACUUUCCCAGUUCUGAUUCGACGCAUAUCCACGCACUCGCGCGUUAACCAUGGAUCUGAAAGUGGAGACCGAGGAACUGGAGUCAAACCAGCCUCCACCCAUAGAAGUUUUUGCGCACAGCUCGACCCUGCACGGAAUCUCCCACAUCUUCACCUACGAGCGCUUCUGCAUCAAGCGCUUCCUGUGGCUCGUCUUCUUCCUGGCCUCGCUGACUUUCCUGCUCUACGUGUGCGUGGAUCGGAUCCACUUCUACCUCGAGUACCCGCACGUCACCAAGCUGGACGAGGUCUCGACCCCGGCCAUGGCGUUCCCGGCGGUGACCUUCUGCAACCUGAACGCCUUCCGUUUCAGCCGCCUGACCCGCAACGACCUGUUCUACGUCGGGGAGCUGCUGGCUCUGCUCAACAGCAGGUAUGAGAUCCGGGACAUACACCUCGUGGAGGAGAGCGUGUUGGAGAGCCUGAAGCUCAAAACCGACUUUCAGAAUUUCAAGCCGCGACCUUUUAACAUGCGGGAAUUCUACGACCGCACCGGUCAUGACAUUAACGACAUGCUGCUGUCCUGCCACUUCCACGGCACAGAGUGCAGGCCGGAGCACUUCAAAGUG